AUGGCGGAAAACGGGACUGCCUGUGACAUCUAUCGAGAAUCAUCUGUGUAUGUUUCAGCUGAAAUUCAAGGAUAUUUAGAAAGAAAAAAAGGAGUUCUUGGUGUCAAGACAAAGCAAUGGUGCUCCUUACAGGGACUAACACUUUACCUUCAGAAGAAACAGCGCGAUGUGAUAGAGACAAUUGACCUUACAGAUGUUUUACAAGUACGGAAAGUCACCAAUGAAAACACAGGAACCCACUUUGAAAUCUGCAUGAAAAAGAAGAACCAUGUAUUUAUCUGCCCAUCCAGUGAAGACUGUAUGGCAUGGAUACAGGCUCUGCAAAUUGCCAUAUCAAGAAAGAAUGUGAGCCAGCAGAGUUCAUCUUUUUUAACUGGUGAAGCAACAAUUACUGAUGAUAAGAAUGUGUAUAAUGAAAUUGAUGAAGCUUUAAUUAGAGAGUCUUGUGUGCAAACUGUGAAUUUACUUGACACACAGCCAUGUGUACCUGCUAAUUUUUCUGACUAUUCUGAGCCGACUGAUAUAGAAAGUGGUACCAGAAAAUGUAACAGCGAUUACUGGGAAGUUGGAGAUGUUAAAAACAUUCUACGUCAAUCAUCAUCAGGUUCAGUUUACGAUGCAUGUGCAUUUUCUACAACAUAUGCAACAAUUGACCAGUGUUGUGUUAAUGGAUUAAGUGAAGCUACUGAGAAUCGUGAAUCCACAGUUGUUUACUCUCAGGUAAACAAAACUAAAAAGUCAACAUUAUUAACUAGAUCAAGUGUGUCUGAAAAUGACAUAGCACAGGUUGGUGACAGUGAAUAUGAAUAUUUAACGUCUUGUGUUACUGUAAACAAUCUUGUGGAGAAACAAUGCACCUCACAUGAAGACAACAAUUUUACACUGCCUGAAAAUCUGCAGAUGAAGAAAAGACCUCAAAUAGAAGAGGAUGGCAAUGUAUGUCAGGUUCUUGUAGAUGCUUUGACUGAUUCUGGUUGUUCUAGCUUUGAUUUCAUCCAUCCCCUGACAGAGGAGGAUAGAAAGCCUCUUAAAGAGUUGACGGAGUUUCUCCGUAAAAAUCAUGAAAUUUGCAGAGCUUCCUUCUCUUGUUCGUCAACAAACAGUGAUCCUGUAAGCACUCUGAAAUCUUAUUUAGCCAGCCUGGACAUCUCUAUGAGACAGUGA